GAUCGGUAUUCUGCUUUCAUGCGGAUGGUACGCCAAUGGCGUAACCUCAAACAACUUGGCCGCGGAGGAAGGGGACACGACCCUGCCGGUGUCAAUGCUACAGCCGAAGGAGAGUUAGCUGUUCUCUGCCCCGCGUGCCCACAGCCCGGGAAGAAUCUUCCGCUAGACUGGGAGAAGGAGCCUCUAUUUACCAGGUAA